CUUUUUUUUCAUUUGAAGAUGCCGAUGGCAUUAUACGAUGCAAACGAUGGUCCUGGUGAUGCUGAAGUUGGCCGCGACAAUCCUGGCUCUCUCGCCACCCUCGAUCCGCAAAAUUAUUUUUUUUGGCCGAUUUUUUCCAUGAGUGUUUUUAGAGACAAAGAGGCAAAACUAAAAUUAGCUGUUGAAACAAAAUAUUUAGCUAGAUAUGCCAAGAAACCACUGCAAUAUUCUUUUUUAAAUGUUACUCUUAAUCAGUGAGCUGCAAGGUUUUAAAGACGUGUCCGAGGACUUAUGGCACACCCGGUAGUUUGUUGACAUAUUCAAAUAGCUCACAACAAACAAUUAAACCGAAUUAAUAUUCUUACGGUCUUCAGUAUUUGAACCUUCACAGGCCAUGAAAUUCAAGGACAAUGACGUCCUAACCAAACCCCAACCAUGUUCCACAGGGCUCCACGCAGAACAAACCAAUGAUAUUUGGACCACUUCCAAUAUUCUGUGCUGACUUUCAUGGCCUGUUCUUGUGACUUAGACCCUUCUACAGCUAGUACAUAAUCUUACUCUGAUGCCACAAACCUUUGGCACAAUCAAACAUGUCUUCAUCGAGCGUUGUUUCUUUUGGGGUCGAAAUCCCGGGAGCCCUUUUGAGACGAUCCCUUCAAGUUGGCCGGAGAUAAAAGAGAAUUGCCUCCAAAACCAUGUUCCAAUGUUGCUGUGGCUCCACGCUCUCCAUAGUUGGAUCAGCCUCGCCUGAAGAGGUUCCUGGGACGAAAGCCGGAAUCGAACAAACCCACCACUGCAACGGACUCAAUGGCUUGAAUGCCAAGACCAAUGAGCCGCCCAAGCCAAACCAGCUGGAAGCAUCAAGCAUUGGCGCCACCCAGGCCUCAUCCAGACUUUUUCCCGCCUCCAGUUCGUCCUCUUGUCCUCAUUUGACCGCAGAUGAGGAACAUGGAAAGAUGGGUCGAUUACGGCAUGACAACAGUAGCACAAAAACCAACGACUCGAAUGAAUCCAUCUUGGGCUUCCCUAACCAGGGCGCCUCACCAGCCCCGCUCUCGGUGGCUGGCUCGAGCGAGACGCCUUCCCGCCGAUUCUUCGAUCCAUCCAGGGUUACCAAAACCUACAGCUUCAAACGGAUGAUGAGUUUUCGGACCUCGCGCAGAAGCAAUGGAACAUCGACGGGUGGUGGUGUUUCCGAGAUUCCUCAAGGCAAUCACCACUAUCUUCCUCUCCAGUUCUCUUUUCUGGGUCAAAUCUAUCGAAAGACCACGGUGAGAAGGACCUCGUCCUCGAACAACACAAACGGGACCACUCGGGCCAAGUUCUCUAUAGAACCGCCCAGUAGUCCCAGCCACUUUCAGGAUGAGAAAUAAUGCUUAGUGUCUCUAUCCUGCGAUCUCUGUCCAUGUUCUCAGCUCCUACUUAAGUCUUAUUUUUUUGGACACCCUGUCCCUUCCGAGUCAACCGUUUAACUCGUUACAAGCUCCAUAUUUUUCAAACCCUAAAUAUAUUCGUGAUCAGUAUUGCAAUCAUAAAA